AAGCAGCUUGUGUGGGCAGAAUCCCUUUUCCUUCCCCUUUUCUCUCCCUUCCCCCCUUUCUCUGUUUUCUCCAAAUAAAGUUGCUUUUUCUCUAUCAGCAUCUUAUUAAGUCUCCUGUCUGCUCAUUAAGAGUGAUUUCUGGGGAUGUGAGCCCCCCCCCCCCACCUGAAUUCCACUCCACACACUGUGAUGUCCUUUUCUUCCCACCUCCUUACAUGGUUAGUUCCUCAUUAUCUCUUUUAUUCUUUGUAAGAGACUUCUUGUGAAGAACAAGCAGGCUUUAUGUACUCUAAAUGUACCUAUAUUGAUGCUCUCCCCUCCAGAUUUCUCUACUGUCAUCUCUACAUUCUCACUUAAACUUCACUGUCUCCUUAUCUAAUGUCUUUUCUUGCUGCCUACAAAUAUAUCCAUUAAAAAAAACAAACACCCUCAUAUGAUCUUAUCACCUCUGUUAGCUAUUGUCCUAGUCUCCUGCUCUUUUGGACUAAAUGUUUUUAAUAAAGCUAGCUAUAGAAGCUGCCUUGGAUUCCUCUCUCAUUCUCAUUUAAACCCUCAGAAAUCUGGCUUCCUACAUCAUCCAACUGACAGUGCACUUGCCCAAGGUUCCAAUCUCCUUUAACUGCCAUAUCUAACAGCCUUUUCUCAAGUCUCAGCCUUCUAGACCUCUGAGUCACAGCAUUUGACACUGCUGAUCAUUUUUCUCUUCCUGUAUACUCUCUCUUCUCUAGGUUUUGGGGAUGCCACUAUUUUUUGGUUCUCCUACUUGUCUGAUUGCUUCCUCUACUUCCCGGGAUCUUCAUAUAGGUCAUACUCAUUAAUUCUGGGAGUGGCCGAAGGCUCUGUUCUGGGCUCUCUUUCUUUUUUCUCAGUAUAUUAUUUCACUUAAUGAUCUCAUCAGCACCUGCAGGUUCACUUAUAAUAUCGAUAAGUGAUCCUUGGAUCUCUAUAUUCAACCCUAGCCUUUAUCCUGAGUUCUUGUCCUACAGCAUCAACUGCCUUUUAACUUUCAGAUUGUACAGGCACCUCAAGUUCAACUUGCUUGAAACAGAACUUAUAUUUCCCCCCAAACCUUAUCCCUUUCCAACAUCUCUAUUAGUCUUGAGGUUGUGUAGGAUAAAAUCUAGCACAAAUACCCCACAUACUAAAAUAAACAAACGAGUCAGAAGGAUAACAGUAAAGAGGCAGUUGUUUAUUCUUUUUGUGUGGGAUGGGGGGUUAUGAAUGUUGGGCCCCCUCUCAAAAAUAAAACAAUUCUGGAGUCAGGAAACCCAAGUGCAGGACAGACUUUAUUGGUACCUUUGGCAAAAGGGGGAUACCUCUGGUUUUGGGUAUGCAGAGAUGCCAAUGCAUACAAUUCAAGGAAGCAAUUUAUAGGAUUUUCUAAUCACAAAAGACCUUCUCCCAUUCCCCUCCCUUCUCUCUGUCAGAUCCCCAUUACUGGACUCAUGACCAGGCUUGGGAUAGUGAGAUAUGUUCAGGGAGGAGACCUAUUCUACAUGUUGUUCUCUAAAAGACAAGAAAGUUACUAAGUCCUUCCAUGGGGACCUCCUUGUUCUUAUUGGAUCUAUUCCUUCCUGGAGCUUGUCUCUGGACUAGAUAAGCCAUCUAAGUUCUUGAAAUGUAAGCAGACCAAAUGUUUAAUUGGAGAAAAAGGUGUGUGUGGGUGUGUGGGGGACAGUUUUAUUCUAAGGAGAAGUCUAAAUCUAACAAGUAUAGAAACUACUGGGGUGCAAGUCAGAGGACUAAAGAUGCUUUAUUUGGGAAAGACACACUAGCAUUCCACUCACUUUCAUGAAAGGCUUUGGCCUUGAAGUGCAAAUCAAUGAGGCUCAGACAGGCAAUAUGUAGAAUCCCUAAUGUUAAGACCCUUCCACCUCUCCCAGUUCAGGGCUGUGACUUACAACCAAAAACUUGUGGGCUAGGUUCAAAGUACAGUGGUGGUGAAGUACCAAUGUACACAAAGGAUGAAUUGCAUUAACAUCCCUUUAGCAUCCUUAAGAGAUAAAGAAGUAACUGAGUUGUUUAUUGCCCUUGAAUUGGGACCUCUGUGUCUUAUUGAUUCCUUUUCCCAGGCCUGUCAUAGAGCCUUUCUGAUAGCCAUCAAAGGCAACAAAUUAGCUUUCCACAUCCCUUUCCCAAGACAUGGUAUUUUUUUUUUUGCCUUGAGAACGUGGGAAUGUGGGGGGGUGUAAGCUGAAUGCUCAUUCUGAGAAUAACACACUUUUAUCACUCAAGGUCGAUACCAUACUCACAGUCACCUCAACUUCAAAUCUUGGUAUUCCUCUGACAAAUCCGUACCCUGGCCAAAUCUUGUUUCUACCUUCACAACAUUAUUCUUAGAUUUCUCCUUCACUAACUUUUCUGCCACCUUAGUUGGGGCCCUUCACCACCUCCUUCCUGUAUAAUUUUAACAGUCUGGUUGUUCACCAGAGGCAGCUACUUGGUGCAGUAGAGAGAACACUGGUCCUGGAGUCACAAAGACCUGAAUUCAAAUCCAUUCUCGGAUACUUAUAAGCUGUGUGGUCAAGAUCAAUUUACCAAACUUCUUAGACUUGGUUUUCUCAAUUAUAAAAUAAUAACACCUCCUUCCCAGGGUUGUUGUGAGGAUUAAAUGAAAUAUUUGUAAAGUGCCUAGUACAGUACCCGGCACAUAGUAAGAACUGUAUAAGCACUAGCUGCAGUUUUCUCAACUGUAAAAUGGGAAUGAAAUAAUAACAUCUACCUCCCAGGUUGUUGUGAGGAUCAAAUGAGAUAAUAUUUGUAAAGUGCCUAAGGGAACAGUACUUGGCACAUAGUAAGACUUAUAUAAUAAGUGCUAGCCUCAGCUUUCUCAACUGUAAAAUGGGGAUAAAAUAACACCUACCUCAGAACUGUUGUGAGGAUUCAAUGAGAUUAUAUUAUAUUUAUAAAGUGAUUAGCUCAGGGCCUCGUACCUAGAGCACUUAAAAAUGCCUUUUGCCCUUCUCUUCUCUUCCUUGCUUCUAGUCUCUUUCCAUACCAGCCUAUUCUCUACUCAGCUGCCAAAGUGAUUUUUUGAAAAUCUAGAUUUCAGCAGCACCUCUAUUUGUCAUUUAAAGCUGCUUCUUUCCAGGCUUAAAUAUUCAUCAGAUUGCUUUCAUGCAUUCUAUGAUCCAACUCUUCUGGUUUUCUUAUACACAACACUCCACUUACCAUCUUUGUGUCUUGGUACUAGCUAUCCCUUGUGCCUGUAAAUGCCCCCCUUCCUUAUUUCUGCCUUUUAGCUCCCUGGCUUCCUUUAAGACUCUCCUUAAAAGCCAUCUUUUGCCAGAACCCCCUGUUCCUUGCCCCUAGCCUGUGCCCCUUCCGUGCUUUCCUUUUAAAAAUAAUUUUUUAUUUACUCUGCAUGUAUAUUGUCUGGACUUAGUUAUUUACAUGCUGUCCACUUUGGCCUUCUUGUGGCAUUAGUGUUUAGCAGAAUGCCCAGCACACAAUAAGCUCCUUAAAAAUGUGUAUUGACUAACUGCCCCAUUGCAUUUUAUUCAUUCCUCUUUAAUGGCAUGUACUGAAUUUUUAACAUGACAUGGUAAAAAUUUGUGGUUCCAUAGGUGCUGCCUCCACUAAAACCCUUUAUACCUUAAUAGACAGUUUUUAUGAGUUCCUAUGCCUGAAGAAGCUAAUUAUCCACAGGCUGAUUUACUGGUGAUAAGGCACUCUGAGCUUAGCUAGGCGGGCUCUUGGAUGCCAGAUUCAGUAUCUAUUGCUUCAUCUAUAUUUGGUGCCUUUCAAGCUUGGUGGAUUCUGUAAGAGUUUGCGCUCUGUAGGCAUAGCUUUUGAGAACCAAGUGUCACCUCCAGGCCACAGUAAAGCAUGGAAGGUGAACUUCAAGAGGAACAUUAUUCCCCCCCCCCCCUUUUUGUAUAUAUCUGAUCAUCCCCUUCUAGACUGUAAGUUCCAUGAGGGCAGAGACCAUUUCUUAUUCUUCUUUGUGUAACUCAUGACCCAGGGUCCCAAACUCUUAGUUUAUAUAGAUUGGGGUCAUAAUUGCAGAGGCACAAAAGGGGGGGGGACACAAUAUAAGACUUUCAGGGGAAAAGAUUUCACAGGGUGCUUGCUUACGAGAUAGUGUGAGUCCCUGAUAUUUUCUCUUUCAGUGACACUAAUCUUGUUUCUGUACUCUAUAUGAAUUGUUAUUUCUGAUGAUUGCAAAGUAGUUGCAGAUCCUUUUACCCAAUAACUGAAGACUCAGAUCUAGAUAUAAAUACAUCCAAACUGUAUUAUGAAUAUAGGUAUGCAUAGAACAUGACCUGGACAUUCUAAUACACACAAGGGAGCAUUUCAAACAAAACUGGGCAGGGCAAAAUGAAUCAAGAUAGGAUUUUUAUUUUUGGUCAGGGAGCAGGGUGCACAAAGCUUAGUACAAUGCUUUUCACAGUUCAAUCAAUGUUGCUGAAUUGAAAUGAAUGGAUUCUUUGUUUAUGCCACUGGGUGGUUAAAUGCUUAUACUUUGAUCCCCAGGUUGGGCUGAAAUUCUGAGCUUGGUUACAUUGUGAUCUCCAAGACAGCUUUAAGCUUUGAACUUAGUUAUAGAGUGAUUCCAGGACUAGUUUAAGUCCUAAACUAUGUAAACAUUUUUUUUUCUUGUGUAAAACAAAGGUACUAUUGGGCCUUUUCAAGCUAGGUAACAGUAACUGUGUUUUCUGUCUGUCUUUGGUGCUUGGGCAGGCCAAAAAGAGAAGAGGAAUCCUUUAAAAUCAUGGUUGUAAUAUCACAUAGCAAACACGAGGAGUCACUAGACUAUACAACAUUCCUUGCUUUUUAUAACUCUUUGGGUCAGUGUAUCUUGUCAUUAAUUUUAAUUUCCCAGUGCAGAAGCUUCCAAGGUACCCAAAAUAGCUAAACCAGGAUCUUCUUAGAAGGCAAGGUCUGUCUGGUGACAAUGAAUGGAUCAAUGUGUUAUCUUACCUUAACAAGUGCCUGCCUGUUGGAGGUCUGACAAGCAUAUGAACUAUCAGGGAUACUGAGGUUGGCUCAUUAUCACCUCAAUAUCAGACCAUGGGAAAAAUGGGCCCUAAUUUUCACCUUGAGCCUUCUACAGGGAGGCUGGCUGGCGCUAUGGCAGGACCCUUGGAAUUGGAAUCAAGAAUCAGAGAAACUGGCUUUGAAUUCUGGCUCUGAAUAACUGAAAUGUUGGCUCCCAGUUGGCCACCAAUGAGCAGUUGGGAGAGGAGUGUGUGAUUCCUUACUAUGUGAUCUUGGUUCAGAUGCUUAACCUUUUCAAGUCACAGUUUCCUCAUCUGUAAAAUGAGGGAUUAGGGCUAGAUCAUCUCUAAUGACCCUUCCAUCUCUACAUCUAUGAACUUCAAGGGGCUUCUCUGCCUCUCUAAAAAGGAAUUCAGUUCUGUCAAUAUUCAAUAAACAUUUAUCAAGUGCCUAAUAUCUUCAUAGCACUGUGCUGGGGAAUAGAAAGAUGAAAAAAAUUGGUACACUUCAGGCCUUCAAAAAGCUUGGGAAUGGGCAGUACAAUUUGAAUACAGGCAACUGUGAUAGAAGGGAGAAUAUCAUAAGGGCAAAGGAGAGAUACCUCAAUGAACAACUCAGUAACACUUUGGGAGGGAGAGAUCAUUUUCAGCUAAGGACUUAAGGGAAAAUAGCAAGUAAAGAAAUGUAAUAGGGGAGGAGGGAGGGUGUGUCUUUGUUCCUUGAUUUAGAUCAGACCAGCUUACCUAUAGCAAAGGCUGAUACUGGCUACUUGGGAGCAGGCUGUUUUUUUCAUUGCUAGACUUUGAUGAGGGAUCAAAGCCUCAAAUCGGAAAAAUGGAUGAAUGCCCUGUCUUGAGAAACAGAGUAUACUAAAUUUUACAGUUAGAAAAGAAUCUACUGUACUUUGCCAUAGCAGUUCCCAAAGUCUGUUUUCAGGGAUGACACCUUACAUACUUUCCUUCAUUGAGAAGGCUUCUGAACCCUGACUUUUCUCCACUAACAAAGGCAGUUGAAGUCUAAAAAGUUGUCAUGAAUAAUAUCUGAUGUUGGAAAACUGAUAAGAAAACAUACCUUCCUUCUCUCAAGAAAGAAGGGAGGGCUCUGAGUAUGGAAUGUGAUGUAUGCUGUUAGAUAUUGCUAUGUGGGGUAGCUUUGUGUGAAUUUUUUUCUUUGUUACAAAGAAAGUUCAUUGUUGGGGUGGUUUAAGGGGAAAAUACUAGUGUAAAUGUGAAAGGAAGCAAUACAUUUUUUCAAAGUUCAAUGCUAAGCACAGUUCUUUGGCUUCUGAAGUGUCUUCCCAUUUCCCAUUCUCCCUCUUUUCUUGGUUUCUUUUUUUUAAAUUAUUGAUAACUUUUGGUUUUAUAAUUUCCUAAAUUACCUCUUAUAUGUUCACCUCACCCUCUAGAGAGCCAUCCUUUAUUAACAAGUCUUUGUUUCUCCUCUCAUCCCUGUUAAUCUCUACUCAAGGUAUUGCCAACUUUAAGCAAUGCUUGAAAAUCUCACGUUGAAACCUGGUGUGAUGUCUUGGGGGGGUGCUAUUUGCAGGCAAGAAUGUCUCACCCAGGCCCAUGGUGUUUUAUGAUGAGUCUCUUUUUGUUUCAUGGGGGGGGUAUCCAUUUCUCACUGAUGCUCAUCAGUUCGCCUGUUAUGCACAGGCAGCACAUACACACAUACACACACGAAUUUGCCAGGUGAAAAUAACCUUGUGAAGAAGAUGACUGUCUUCCCUGGGAGCAACCAAGUGAAAAGUUCUAUUGUCUGGUUCUGUCAGUAGUCUUUCAUGGACCAGAUGGGUCAGACCACUCAACUUUUUGGCUUCUUGGCUACUCUCUGAUGGACCAACAGCCCAGAAUAACUGGGUUAUUAUUUUGACUCCUACUUGCUCACCAAUGAGAAGGUGGGAGAGGAGUGUGCCACUGCUGGCUUCACACACCUCUGACCAACACAUGGUUAAUGAUGGCUGAGGUUUACCUGGUGAUGAUGAUAGGCCUCUUACAAGAUGUAUUUUUAUUUCCUGGACAAAUAACAGUUGGCGUGAGUCCUAAUUUAGUAGCAAACAAAGUGUGGCCCCCUUGUGCCUUCCACAUUUUUUUUAUGAGUUUAGCUACACUAGCCUGGAAAAUAAACAGCCUGCUAAUAAGCCCUUCCUCUGGAAAUGGGCAUAAAUAAUAACAAAGAAAACAUCCUGUGCUUUAUGCCAACACCCUUUGGGGAGGGAAUAUAAAAGCCACAGGCAGGAAGGACCUCAUCAGACUUGGGGAACUCUGGCUUCAUUGCCAACUGAGACCUGACCAGCUGGGACCAUGGGUUGUUGUCCCACGGACUGCUUCAACUGCUGUGGCUGCCAACAAGAACAGUCUGGGGAAUGCUGUGAGAUGUGCUGUUGCCAACCCAGCUGCUGUGGCUGCUGUGGGUCCAGUUGCUGUGGCUCCAGCUGCUGCGGGUCUGGCUGUGGUGGCUCUGGCUGUGGUGGCUGUGGAGGAGGUUGCGGUAGCUGUGGAGGCUGCGGAGGUGGCUGUGGUGGCUGUGGAGGCUGCGGAGGAGGUUGUGGAGGCAGCUGCUGUGGCUGUGGGGGUUGUGGAUCCGGUUGCUGUGGGUGCUGCUGUGGGCCAGUUUGCUGCCAGCCAACACCUGUGUGUGACACCAAAUGAAGACAUCUGGAGGGAAUCCAGAGACCUCACCUUCAUUUGAAGAACCCAGAUGGAGAGACAGCCCUCCCUAUCCCAUCUGCCUAGAACUCCCUUCAGUCCAAAGAGACAGUGGCCUCGCUCCCACUCUCUCUGUAGAUCCUGUCACAUGUACAUUCAGAGAAGGAAUGCAACUCAAAACACCCUAUCCAAUGACUCAAGGCACCUGGGGGGGGAGGGGAACCCCACUCUGGUGAGAAAUUAAAAAAAAAUCUCAAACAAGGGAUCCAAAGAAAGAAAAAUAAGGAUUCCUUACCAAGACUUGACUCUCAUGAACUUGUUCAAUGUCUUGUCAUUUCAGGACAUCCUUCUUUUCAAGAUGUCUUUGGGAUGUCCUUCCUGUAUGUCCUUUCUGCUGCUUCUGAGGGGCAAAGAGGCUUCUUUGCUAAUCUUUUAAUAAAUUCAAGCAUUCUGACAUAAUUCAAUUGUUUUUUUUUUUUGGCUCUUCCUUCACUGUAUGGGAUGGAUCUAGGCAAGAAGCAUGAAAAGGUGGAGAAAUACAUGAAUAUUUUCUCUACUCCAGUGCUUGAGGGACAGAGAACAUUUGGAGUAAAUUUUUUGAGGCAGUGUGACUGAGUCAAGACCAUUCUGGUAGAGCCAGGAGGGGAGACUUAAGAAAUUUAAAAAAUUUUUUCAAGAUGACAUUACAAUUUUGAAUAUUUGUUUUCUGAUAUUUUGCAAUCCAUGAUCUCUCCCUCUAUCUCCCUUUUCCUAAGAAGGCAGGUGCUUUGAUAUAAGUUCUACAUGUAUUAUCAUAUAAUACAUAUUUCCCUGUUCAUCAUGUUGUAAAACAAGACAUAUAUUCCUUCACUAGAGAAAAAUUCAUGGAGGAAAUACAGUGAAGAACGGUAUGUUUCAAUCUGCAUUCAGACUCCAUCUACUCCUUCUAUGAUGAUACUUAGCCUUUUUCUCAUGAGUCCCUUGGAGUUGUCUUGGGUCCUUGCCUGAAUGCCUGAUCCUUUAUUUAGGAGAAAGCUGGUUCGAGCUGUAGAGGUUUCAGACUCAAGGUUUUGUGGACCCAGACUUUUCUAAGAUGUUCUGUGACACUCAUCACCUUCUUCAGAUACUUCUCUUUGACCAUUUUGAUGCUUCCCCUUAAAUCCAAUGUUUGGAAUGUUUUCUUGUUCCGUGGAUCUGUGGUUUAUCCCACUGACUGAAGCCUAGAGGCAGUUAAAAUUGAUCAUAUACAUUGGCCAGGGGUGGCCUGAUCCUGAUAGGUGUGGGAACUGAGUCAAAUAUAAGAGCCAGGAUUUCUCUUUUAUUUUUUCAUUUUUCAAACAAGGAACUUUAAAAAAGAAAUUUAAAGUUGCUGAAUGGCAGAUUAAGAGUUGUAAGGGAUUUUGAGCUCAUCUAGUCCAACUCUCCUUCAUUUUACAGAUAAGGAGAUUGAGGCCCAGAAAAUUUAGGUGACUUGCCCAGUGUCAUAUAUGUUAGAGACCACAAUUGCCAUUUAUGAACCCAGGUCUUCCAUUUACAUUGUACUAUGGUGGCUCUCCUGUGAACAUGACAGUGACACAGGAUUGAACUGAAUUGAACUCAACAAAAUCAACUCUUCGUUUUCUCUGAGUGGAUGGAGAUGUGUGUGAAGGUGUCACCAAAAUGCUAUUAUCCCAUCUCAUCACAGAUAGUAGCAAGCAUAGUCUAUACCGGGGAUAAGAUCUGAUGUUGUCUAUAACCUUUGUUUCUAUACUGUUUUCUGAUCUCUUUUUUAGCUUUGGUGGGGUUGGUCAUAUGCUCAUAUGCUCAUAUGAAAGCCUGAUUUUCAAAUUCCCAAGAAAUAAGCCAAGGCAAGUUAGAGUUUUUGUGGAAUAAGCCCGAUAAAGGUUUCUCUAUCAAAGAGCAAGAGUUUUAGUCCUUCAUCUCUAGUUGAUGGUAUUCUUGGCACCCAGGAAAGGGACUCCCUUUGAAAAAUUACAACAAAUUAAUCUGUUGUUACACUGCUGAUGCUGGGGGGAGCUCCCAUGUUGCGUUUAUCCUUUGUGAUCCUCACUGUGUGAUGGAUAUAUACAGUUACAUAUCUUCUUACUUAAGAAGGCAGAAUUAAAUAAGAAUUUGUUCACCAUAUAACAUAUUUGAUUGGACUAUAGGUCAAAAAACUCACCUCUUUUUAUUGUCUCAUCCUACCCUUCUACAUACAUAUUUUUGAUUAAUGAAAGAAGAAAAGAGCAAUUCUGCCUUUGAUAUUUUUGUCAUUUCCCAGAUAUCUGUUUAACUCAGGCUUCACCUAGUAGGUCUGGGCAGCCUUCAGUCAACAAGUAUUUAUUAUGCACCCAUUAGGUACCAUGCAUUGUGGUAGGCACUGGAGAUAUGAGCACAAAGAAGGAAAGGAACUUCAUAUGCCAGGAGCUUAUGUUCUAAUAAGAGAGAUGAAGUACACAUAAAAGUAUAGCAUGAGAAUAAAGUUCAUAAAUACUAAUGUAUACAAAGUAAUUAAAUUCAUGAAAUACAUACUUACUGUUCCCACGAUUCUAGUUAGAGGGAUAAGAUAACAUACUCUUUCUCAGUGUUUGAGGUUGUGACAAAGGAGGAAGCCUUAGGGUGGAAAGCAGGAGAUUUUCCCAUUUUGAGUAUUCUGACUAAUUGCUAAAAAUGUCUGCUGAAGAUAUCAUGUGUGGCAAGUGAAGUGGAGGUAGAAGGAAAGGGAAGAGGGCAACAGAUAUUUCCAAGGCUGCAGAAAACCCUGCAGAAUUGAAUGAAAUAUCUUACUAGUUUUCACGAGAGAAAACUUGUCUUUUGCCCUGAAAUGAAAACGAACACCUGUCAUAUUGACUAAAAUGAUACAGAGGUAAAAUGAAAAGUGUUGGAGGGAAUGUGGGAAAGAAAAUGGGGGAUACUAAUACAGUAUUGGUGGAACUGUGAACUGUUUUGAAGAGCAAUUUGGAAUUGUGCCCAAAAGAGCUAUAAAAUGUAUGCCUUUUGACCCAGCAAUACUAUUAGACUUGUUUCCUAAAGGUUAUCAGGAAAAAAGGAAAAGAACCUAUAUGUUCUAAAAUAUAUAUAGCAGCAGUAGAGGUGGCAAAGAACUGGAAAUUGAGAAUAUGCCCAUCAAUUGGGGAAUGGCUCACAAAAGUUCUGGCAUAUGAUUAUAAUGGAAUACUACUGUAGCAUAGGAAAUGAUGAGCAGGUUAAUUUUACAAAAAUAAUAUGGAAAGACCUACAUAAAAUUAUGAAGCAUGAAACAAGCAGAAUGAAGGGAACAUCAUACAUAACAACAGAAAUAUUGUUUAUGUCCACCUCUAAAGAAAGAACUGACAAAUAGAAAUAAGGAAAAUGAUUUUCUUUAUAUACAUGAAGCUAUCAAAUGAUGUCUUCUCUAAUGCAGGUAGAGGAGCAGGGUAAGGCAAUACUUUGGGAACUCCUUUAAAGCAACAAAUAAGCUAAAAAACAUACACCAUAAAUGCGCACCUUCAUAUAGUGUUACAAAACUUGGCGAACACUGUGUGCAUUCUCUUAUUUGAUCAUCUUAUAGAUGAGGGACUGAGGUUCAAAGAAUUUAAAUGAUUUCUUGAGGUCUCACAACUUGGAAGUGCUUUGGGAACAAUUAGAACCCAGGUCUUCCUGAAACCAAGUCCAGUGCUCUAUCUACUAUGCCAUAAUGAUAUGUAAAAAUUGACUUCCUCACUGAGGCAGAAUGCCUGACCUUGUUAGUUAAAAAAAAAAAAGAAACACAUCUUACUUCUCAUUCUACUCGAUCAUUAUAGCCACAAGGAUAAAUUGUACACUCAGAUAUGUCUUUGAGAUACAAAUACCAAGAGAGCACAUCUGUGAUCUUUAUGAUGUCUUUUAAUCCUAGCUUUUCUCCUUUUCUGAUUCAAAGUUAGGAGCCACUCAGUCUAUCCAGGUGGACAAGAAGGAGAUGGAGAAUCUGGAAGAUGCUUGAAUGGAUUGUAGGGAGGUCUUGGCAAGGAAUGACUAUGAGCAGGUGAAAUGCAUGUGCUUGGACCAAACUAUGGUAGUCUCAGAACAUUAGUUGUCCUAUGGUGGAGUCAGUUAUGAUUGGCUUGCUGAAAGGUUGGCUUCUGAAAUCCCAUUUGCUCUUUGGGCUUUCGUUUUCCCAUCAGUAAAAGGAAAGAUUAUUGUAGUAAAUGAUUUUUAAUAACCCACUAUCGCAAAUUUAGAGGCCUCUCCAUUCCAAAUAUUCGUACUGACUAUUUGUGUCCCCUCUGUGGUAGAGCCUUCUGAGCUAAUAUUUGUCUGAUCAGUAAUAGCUGGACACACUGUACAUUGACCCUGACAUAGGGAUGUCAUUUUGGCCCUCUUCAAGUACAAAGGACAACAAACACAACAUCUUUGAAUGUAUUAAACUAUUAAAAAAAACCCUCACCUUCUCUCUUAGAACUGAUACUAAAAUAUUGGCUCCAAGGCAGAAGAAUGGUAAGGGCUAGGCAGUGAGGGUUGAAUGACUUGCUCAGGGUCAUCCACUUGGGAAGUGUCUGAGGCCACAUUUAAGCCCAAGACCUCUUAUCUCUAGGCCUCUAUCCAUUGAGCCACCUAUCUGUCCUCUAAUCUAUUGUUAAAAUUGUAUUAAGUUCUGUUUUUAUAACAUUGUCAUUUCCUACCAUACCCUGUCUUCUUUCCUAUUGAGCAAAGUCAUCCUUUGUUACAAAGAAUAGAAAAUAAAGAAAAGCUUGUUAAAAAUAGUCAAAACAUUAACUGGUUCCAAGCAUGAUGCUCCACAUCAAUGAACUUCAAAGAAGGAUCUUUAUUUUUGUUCAGUUGUGUCUGACUCUUCAUGAUCCUAUGGACCAUACUGGCCAUUGAUAUAAAAAACCCCCCAACAAAACUUUUACCUUCUAUCUUAGGAUCAAUACUGUUAUAUUGUUUAAGGCUGAUGAGUGGUAAGAGAUAGGCAGUGGAGGUUAAGCAGCCUGGCGGGGGUCACAUGGAUAGAAAGUAUCUGAGACUUGAUUUGAACCCAGGACCUCUCAUCUCUAGGAUUGGCUAUCAAUCCACUGAACCACCUAGUUUCUCCCUUGAAGUUUUCCCAUCAAAGAUCCUGCAGUAGUCUAUCGUUUCCUUCUCCAGUAGAUUAAGGUAAAUAGAAGUUAAGUGACUUGCCCAGGGCUACACAGCUACUAUAUGAGGCUGGAUUUGAACUUCUUGUGCUGCCUUUUUAAGGAUGGUUUUUGUUGUUGUUCAGUCAUUAAAAGUAUAUCUGACUCUCUGUGACCCCAUUUAGGAUUUUCUUGGCAGAAAUACUUGAAUGGUUUGCCAUUUUCUUCUUCAGCUCAUUUUACAGAUGAACAACUGAGGCAAACAGGGUUGAAUAACUUGCCCAGGAUCACAUAACUAAUAAGUGUUUGAGGCUGGAUUCAAAUUCAUGAGAAUAAAUCUUUCUUUUCUUUUCUUUUUUAAACCUUUACUUUCCAUCUUAGAAUCAAUAGUGUGUAUUGGUUCCAAGGCAGAAGAGUGUUAAGGGCUAGGCAAUGGAGGUGAAGUGACCUGCUCAGGAUCACACAGCUGGGAAGUGUCUUGAGGUCAGACUUGAACCUAGGACUUUCCAUCUUUAGGCCUGGAUCUCAAUCCACUGAGCCACCCAGCUGCCACCAAAGAUAAAUCUUCUUGAUUCCAAGCCUAGCUGUCUAUCAAAGUGCCUCGUAGCUGCUCUGAGGAAGGUUAGGGGAGGCGAAUUUUCUCAUUUCUUCUUCUGAACCCAACUUGGGAACUUAACUAUUUUAAAGUGUAGUUCAUUUGACACAGAAGCCAGGGACUGCUUAUUGCUAGACAGAUCGUAGUACCAAGGAGCUCAGGUCUAUAUAUUGAGAAUCAGAGUCAUAGCUAGAAGUGGGUGCUGAAGCCAUCUAGUUCAACUCCCACAAGAAAGUUUUUUUUCCCCCCAGAAUAAUAUUAGGGAAUUUUAGAAACAGAGAAUUUAUAAAAGUGUUGGAAUUUAUCAUGUUUCUGUGCACAUAUAAGUAGGCCUAUGACAUCCUAGUUAUCUAGCACUAGACCCACAAAACAAAGGGCCCCAUGAAGAUUCCCCCCAAUCUAAGAAAAGCAUAAAUUUAGGAAGAAAAUAAACAAACAUUUUAAUGAGAAGACAAGCAACUCCCUUGCAAACAAGCAACACUCUAAUAAGAUGUUUCUGUACAAGCUGAUCCAAACAACAACAAGGAAAAGAUGUCAUGUCUUGUGGAAUCCCUCAUGACUUAGGGGAUAUAAAAAGUCCAGGGCACAAGGCAAUGCUCAGACUUGGGUAG